GAGGUUAAAAAGUGUUUAUUUGAAAAUGGCUCGUACCAAGCAGACUGCUCGUAAGUCCACUGGAGGAAAGGCUCCUAGAAAGCAGUUAGCUACCAAGGCAGCCCGUAAGAGCGCCCCGUCCACUGGAGGAGUUAAGAAGCCGCAUCGCUACCGCCCCGGAACGGUUGCUCUGCGUGAGAUUCGUCGUUACCAAAAAUCAACUGAGUUGCUGAUCCGCAAGCUGCCAUUCCAGCGUCUGGUGCGUGAAAUCGCCCAGGACUUCAAAACUGAUUUGCGCUUCCAGAGCGCGGCUGUUGCUGCCCUACAGGAAGCCAGCGAAGCCUAUCUGGUUGGACUGUUUGAGGAUACUAAUUUGUGCGCUAUUCACGCCAAGCGCGUCACUAUCAUGCCCAAGGACAUCCAGCUGGCCCGACGUAUCCGCGGAGAACGUGCCUAA